CUCCCUCUGUUACUCCAGAUAUGGCCCAAACGAGAUUGCAAACUGGGCUUUUAUCGCAAUAAGUCAAGGAGGAGAGGCACUACCCAGCCCAGCCCAGCCCAAGCACUACAGAAAGAACGAUCAGCCCAUGGACUCGGCCUAGCCCGUAUAUCUUAGAAACCCGCCAGAAAAGGUAAAAACAAGCCCGCCGUUUAGUUUCUCUCCACCUGCAAGUCGUUGAUUUGCCGUUUCCGGGCAAAAUUCCCCACGAAAUCCUCCGUUCCUCUCUCUCUAAUCGGCUGUUCUCUCCUCCCUCUUUCAACUACGUGCAAGGAAGAGGAAAAACAGACCCAGCUCAAAGAUUCUCUUUUUACUAGAGGGAAAGAACCAGAGAAUCCAAUCAAACAAACAACCUUCCCCAAUUCUCAAACCCCACAACGGAAAAUCUGAUUUGCAAUCUCCGGAUUUAGCCAUCUAUUUCCGCCAUUGAUAAGGUGUUGCAACCACUAAUUUUCCCCUUGGUUCCUUUGGGUCAUUUGCUUGAUUCUUCUUUUCAAUUUUAAUUCCCUCGAACAAUCUUUUCCUUCUCUUUCUCCUCCCUUCGCCUUCCCCCCCUUCGAAUUUUCCUAGAAAGAGGAGGGAAGGGAAUUUAUUUUCCAGUUUUUUUCUCCGCCACGAUAUCUCUGCCUCUCCUCUACUCGACCCUUGAAUGAAAAUUCGAGCAAGUUUGACUUCCGAGUCCCAAAUCGUUGGUUUGGGACUAAUCUUGCGAUACCCCAUUUGACCAUUUGAGCCCAAUUUCGUUUCUGAUUAGGAGUUUUUCUUCCGAAUCAAAUCGCUACGCUCUGUCUCUGUCGGUCGCCGGAACCCUAGAAUCGGUGAUUUGGGGCCGGCUUGAUUUGUUUCGAAUCGGGUGCUUCAAGAUUAGAGGGAAAUCAGUUCUGAGAAGCUGGAGAUUCGUGGUGGGUUUCUGAAAGUCUCGAUCUUUUGAAUGUUUGGGGAUCAGAAUCCAGAUGCGAAGAUAAAAUCACUUGGAAGCUAGUUUUCGCUUUUGGGGGAAACAUUCAUGGAGACUCGAUCUCCAAGCUUGGCCUUCGUGAUCCUUGGGGUUGCUUUUACCGCCUUCUUUGCGGUCUUUGUUGAGUCGUACCACGUUGUAUCUAACGAUAGCUCUGAAUCACCGCCGCCACCGUCUGAUAGCAAGAAAUCGUCGUCAUCUCCACCGCCGCCGCCACCUAAGUUGAAAGCCGAGAAACAAGCUUAUGAACAGCCACCGCCCCCGCCCCUGGACAGCAAUGGCAAAUCCACCUCCACCUCCUCGUCCUCUGGCAGCGAUGAAAAACAGCACAAGAAACACCACCACCAUCAUCUGCCGCCGCCGCUGCAGAAAAAGCACAAGCGCAAGAAGAUGAACCCCGGGAAGAUGAUCGGAUUGGUUUUCGCUGGAGUUGCAGCUAUCUUGCAAGUAGGUGUUAUUGGGUUCUUGGUUUUCAAGAGAAAGCAGCUAAUCAAAGAUAGAUAUGAACCUUACUCUGUCUCAUAAGGUUUUCUUUUCAUUUUCCUUACCUUUAAAUGAUUAUUUAUAUUUCUUCUUCUUUCAAGUUCAAGUUCUUAUAUCAUCAUUUGAUUCUUUGGAGAGGGCGGGGGCAAUACUACUUGUUGGAAAAUUCUUUUGUUUGAGAUUCUUUGGUGGUGAUGGUGGUGGUGGUUGUGGAUUGAUGAUCAAUGUUAGCAGAGUUUGUGAGGAGGAAGGGAAGGUUUGUCUAUAUGGGUCCAAUGAGGUUUGUCUAUGUAAAAAAAAAAAAGAGCAAAAUUGGGGUAAUAGGUGACUGGCAUUUUCCCUUCAUUUGAUUGUUACUUUAACUGAAUUUUCUUCCCUUGAUCUUGUUUGAUCGUUACACAAGCCUAUAAUGCAAAGUGGAGUUAACUCUCUGUCUUCCUUGUAUUAUAUCGGUUAAUCUUGAUUCUAUUAUGUCUUAGGAAAUGAAUGAAGGGAAUGUGAAGGAUUGGUCAUUGAUAGUGCCUCCUUUGUUAAGCUUUACAUUUCUGCUACUGCUAGUAUCAUUAAUUGGUUGCAGAUGUUCAUGUUUCUGUUUUGAUAUUUCGGAGGUAGUGCAAUGUUGAAUUCAAGCUCGCAGAACAGUCUCUUUUUCAUCACAUGGAGAGUGUUGGCUGUUUCUCUUGUUCGAUGUUGCUUGCUAGUUCUGGAUAGUGUAGAUAGCUUAUUAGCCAGCUUUGGCUGGAAAUGGUUAUAUUUAUCCGUUAUCACGAGUUGCAGUCUUCCUAGGCAAACAAGUUUGUCGAUAGGUUCGUAAUGGUGCUUGCAAUUUUCAGUUUCAGUGUGGGGAAUCUCCAAACCUCUUUGGAUGUCUUCUAAAGUGCUCAUCUAUAUUGGAACCUUUGUUCAUAAGUAGGUACCGCUCAUCUGUAUUCUGAUACGGUGCGAGCUUGCUUUUUGAAUCUGAAGCAGCAUAACCUUUUAUCUAUCAUGUCUGUGAGUCUGUUGCUGAUGCAUUUGCAGUAGUUAAAUUGUAGGUAGUUUUAUAGUCUGUUCCUCUUGGUCAUCAUCUCUGUCAAUUCGUGCUAUAUAGGCUAAUCCUACGUCAUGCGCCAUGAAAAGGGGUACGCAUUUUUAGCUCUAGACUCUUGCUUGUAAUUUAACCGUGGGCAAAUAUCUUGAAGUAAAACAAGUUGAGCAAGCUGGUUGCAUUGCAUCAAAACUUCGGUGGGGUAGGCUAUGAUUGUUCAUAAGGUUGGAGGCUGCAUCUUGCUCAGUUCAGAAGGCCACUUGGCAUAGAAGUAGAAAAUGCAUGCUAGUUUUUCCUUUCUAAAGUCAUGUAAAAGUUUGCCUGGACAAACCAGGUCAUUAGCUCGGGUCAAUUUAGGUUGUGGGUAUUGCAGUUUAUUUUGAGUUACAGGUCAUUGUGCCUUAGGUCAAUUUGGAGUAAUAGUGUUUGAUCUAACCCCUGAUAGUGUGGGCUAGACAAGUUAAUAGGGGUUCAUUCCGGUUAGGUUGGUUCGAUUUGGGGGGUUCAGCUAGAUGUGGCUGCAGGUCAAUAAAACUCAUGUCACUUGGGGUUACUGGUUGAAUUCAUAAGGUUUGAUCUACUGGUAGAGUCAGUGUGGGUUUAUCCGAACUGGACCAGCCAGGGAAGGGGAUCAUAAAUAAGCCACACCUCUUAUGUAAGAAGUCCUGGUGGUUGACAUGACAAACUUGUGCAGAAAAAGUCCAGCUAAACGGAGUGGAUAGGUCCAGAAAUUGUGAUUUGUGCCAAUUUGGGGAAUGCGUUAUUUGUUGACUAGCAACAGUAAGAAGCAAACAUAAUUUGGUGUCAUCAUUUGUCGUGUUCUUUGUAAAUCUAUGGGAUUGGAUGAGCUGAGGUGGAUUUUUGGAUUCUUUGUGGUUCCUUGCUGUGUUUGACAUGGGUGUUUGUGGAAUCUCAAUAUGAGCUUGAUCGCCAUAUAAUUCCUUUAACAAGGAUGUAAUAUUAAUAAUAGUUAUCUGGUGAA